CCCCGCCGACUCGACACCUCUCUACUCCCGCUGCAGCUUGAAGCACUCACCGCGGCUCAGUCAGGUCCAAACCGGUCCGUCUCUCCGUCCGUCUCUCCGACCACAACCGUUCAGGAAGGAUGGCAGCCCACCACCCAGAGUUUGAGCGGGCUGGACAGAAUACAGGUCUCCAGAUAUGGAGGGUGGAGAACUUCGACCUGGUGCCCGUCCCGGAGAAACUGUACGGGGGAUUUUACACGGGGGACGCCUACCUUGUCCUCAACACCAUCAAGCAACGCUCAGGGAACCUGCAGUACGACCUCCACUUCUGGCUGGGUGAUUCCUGCAGCCAGGAUGAGAGCGGCUCGGCGGCCAUCUUUACAGUCCAAAUGGACGACUUCCUGGGAGGAAAACCCAUCCAGUACCGUGAGGUGCAGGGACAUGAGUCCAAAACAUUUCUCGGCUACUUCAAGUCUGGAAUCAAGUACAUGAAAGGGGGCGUUGCUUCUGGGUUCAAACACGUCGUCACCAAUGAGGUGGUUGUGCAGCGGGUGUUCCAGGUCAAAGGUCGCCGUGUUGUCCGGGCAACAGAGGUGCCUGUCAGCUGGGACAGCUUCAACCAGGGAGACUGCUUCAUCCUGGACCUGGGAGAUGAGAUCUACCAGUGGUGUGGCUCCCAGAGCAACCGCUUUGAAAAGCUGAAGGCCACUCAGGUGGCCAAGGGUAUCCGUGACAACGAGCGCAGUGGGAGAGCCCGAGUUUACGUCUGUGAAGAGGGGGUGGAGAGAGAGAAGAUGUUAGAGGUUUUGGGUCCUAAACCAGAUCUGCCUGAUGGAGCCUCGGAUGACAUCAAAGCUGAUGCUUCAAACAGGACGAGAGCCAAACUCUACAAGGUGUCCAAUGCUAGUGGGGGCAUGACCAUCGCACUGGUGGCAGCAGAGAACCCGUUUGCCCAGAGCGCCCUGGAGUCCGGAGACUGCUUCAUUCUGGACCACGGCUGCGAUGGCAAGAUCUUUGUCUGGAAAGGCAAAGACGCCAACAUGGACGAGCGUAAGGCAGCGAUGAAAGCAGCUGAGGAGUUCAUUAAGAAGAUGGGUUACCCCAAACACACCCAGGUCGAGAUCCUGCCAGAGAUGGGUGAGACGCCGCUCUUCAAACAGUUCUUUAAAAACUGGCGGGACAGAGAUCAGACGGUGGGCCUGGGCAUCGCCUACAUCGCUAACAGCAUCGCCAAGAUCGAGAGGGUGCCAUUCGACGCUGCCAGCCUGCACGACUCUGCCGCCAUGGCUGCCCAGCAUGGCAUGGUGGAUGACGGCAGUGGAGAGAAACAGAUCUGGCGCAUUGAGGGGUCUGACAAGGUGCUGGUGGAUCCGUCCACAUACGGUCAGUUCUACGGAGGAGACAGUUACAUCAUCCUUUACAACUACCGUCAUGGAGGACGUCAGGGACACAUCAUCUACAUGUGGCAGGGCGCGGAUUCCAGCCAGGACGAGAUCGGGGCCUCUGCGAUCCUUGGGGCCCAGCUGGAUGAGGAGCUCGGUGGUGGUCCUGUGCAGGUUGUUGGUGCUCCUAUAACCACUCAGGUGAGGGUGGUGCAGGGUAAGGAGCCGGCUCACCUGAUGAGUCUGUUUGGAGGACAGCCCAUGGUGGUGUACAAGGGAGGAACGUCCAGAGAUGGAGGUCAGUCUGCUCCUGCAGAAACUCGACUCUUCCAGGUGCGCUCCAACUCUGCAGGACACACCAGAGCGGUGGAGCUUGACGCAGCGUCCUCCAACCUGAACUCCAAUGAUGCGUUUAUUCUGGUGACACCCGGAGGCUCCUUCCUGUGGGUGGGAGUGGGUGCCAGUGACACCGAGAAGCAGGGUGCCCAGCAGCUGUGUGACAUUCUGGGAGUGUCGUCCUCUGAGCUGUCUGAGGGAGGAGAGACUGAUCAGUUCUGGGACGCUCUGGGAGGAAAGAGCGAAUACCGCACCUCCAGCAGACUGAAGGACAAGAUGGAUGCUCACCCACCCCGGCUCUUCGCCUGCUCCAAUAAGACCGGAAACUUCAUCAUCGAGGAGGUGCCUGGGGAGAUGACUCAAGAGGACCUCGCCACUGAUGAUGUCAUGAUCCUGGAUACCUGGGAGCAGGUGUUUGUCUGGAUCGGAAAUGAGGCCCAGGAGGAGGAGAAGACUGAAUCAAUGGCAUCUGCGGUCCGUUACAUCGAGACAGAUCCGGCUAACAGAGACCGCAGGACACCCAUCGUCAAGAUCAAGCAGGGCUUCGAGCCGCCGACCUUCAGCGGCUGGUUCCUGGGCUGGGACCACGAGUACUGGACCAGCGACCCUCUGGAGCGCGCCAUGGCUGAACUGGCCCUGUGAACCCCUCCUGCCCCUCCCUUUCUUCUACCUUUACAGCCCUGACCUUAGACCGCCCUGCUCCGCUGCAAGCACCGAGCUCUAUCUUAAGACUUCUCAGCCGCAAUACUCCCUGAAAAUAAGAGGGCUUUUUUUUUUUUUUUUAAACCUUAUUUUAAGGGAUGCAUGGCGAUGAAGAAGUGUUUUAAUCCACUUUGUCUCACGGGCUACAAUGAUGCUUUAAAACCAUUAAAACACAAGCAGAGUGUUACACAGGCAUCCAGUUGGGUUUUGCACUAAAAAGAAUCUGCGACUCUAUGACUUUAGAUCGAAUCCAUUUUUCUCACUUUCACUGUGAACCUGUUAACUAAAAGCAAAAAACACACACAGCAAGACAGUGUGAAGCAUCGGUGUGCUGAAAGGUUGGAAAACUCACUGCCAAGAACUCACCGCACUUAAAAGCAAUACAACCAACGCCUUAAUAUCUGUUCAGUUUAAAGUAAACCUGCUUUUUUUUAAAGGUACUGUUCAAGCUUUCCAUGUAGGACACAUUAUAGGCAAGAGGUUGGCACCUUUAAUGAAGACAUCUUUCAUGAUAUUUAUUUUUUUAAGUGAGAUUCAAGCCCAGGAAGCUUGUGCGAUGCUGUUUUAGCCAAUUAUACAUGUUUAUGGGAAACAGACGCUUUGCUGCUUGUCUUCUGUGACACUUUCUAAACGUUUCCCCAAAGUCUUCUUAUCAUUUCAAUAAAAACUAAUAAAAACUACUGAAA